GAAAGGAGUGCAAUGAAUUGUGGCAAUGUGGAGCUAUGUUAUGGCUGCUGCAAGGGGUAAUGUAAGCAGCAGGGCCGGUUCGGUGUUUACAGUGCAAACGGGCAACAAUUGCGGCCCCCCUGGUCCUUGCAGGGACGGACUGAACUUAUGCAGGUUUCAGCCCAGCCAUUUCCAGCCCACCAAUCAUCAGAAGCUGCUACUCAAAAGCUUCUCCAGAACAGACUUUAAUACGUCCCUGUCUCGAGAUGGUUCCAGAGACGUACUGGCCGAGGUCCGCGUGCAGACGUCUUAUGCUGAUAGGGGACAGAGCUUAUCGGAGACCACCCUGGAUAAUCCCUCUCAAGAUAAUUCGCAUCAACAUCGAAUCCUAUCGGCUGUAAGAGGGCGGCUGAGGCAAGUAGCCGCCUCCCUGCAGGCUGCGGUCAGGUUCCGGAGGUUUUCCCGCAGAGGAACCACCGCCCCCGAUUGGUUCGUCGACAAAAGUCAUCAGGAGGAUAAUGCUGAUGUUGGCGAAGAGCCUCAGCAUGGCUGCUGGGGAUAUCGGGUAGUUUUUGAUCCCGCUUUACCCAUUUAUUACAAAUGGUUGAUGGUGGUUUCCCUGGCCGUUCUUUACAACGUGAUUUUCGUACUGGGCAGAGCUGUUUUCUGGGAACUCAAUAACUGCGUUCCCGCUUUAUGGUGGAGCUUGGACUGCCUAUGUGAUGCGAUAUACCUCUUAGAUGUUAUAGUGCAUGUGCACGAAGGUUACCUGGAACAAGGCCUACUAGUGACCGAUCCAACGAAACUAAGGGCCCACUAUCUACAGUCCAAAUCAUGGAAAACGGACAUUUUAGCGAUAAUUCCAACGGAUAUUGCGUACAUUUGGUGGCAGCCGUUUGAUUGCCUACAGCAAGUGCCAUGCAGUGUAAUUGUGCGAAUAAAUAGACUAUUUAAAUUACCGCGAUUGUGGGAGUGGUUCGAAAGGACAGAAACGGACACCAACUACCCGAAUGUGUUCAGAAUUUGCAAAGUGGUGUUGGCCAUUUUGGUGCUGAUCCAUUGGAACGCUUGUCUUUAUUUCGCCAUUAGUUAUGCUAUCGGGUUUGGCACUGACAACUGGGUUUACAACCUGGAUGGACCAAAGAACUCAACUUUAGCACGCCAGUACAUAUACAGCUUCUAUUGGUCAACAUUAACGUUGACGACAAUCGGUGAAACUCCCGUACCGGAAAACGAUGCUGAAUAUCUAUUUGUAGUGGCCGAUUUUCUCGCUGGGGUCCUAAUAUUUGCUACCAUCGUCG